AUGUCCUCUCCACCAGAUUCCGAUAAAAAUGAUGCUGUUCUAGUUGGCCUAGAUGAUGUUCGUGGCUUUAACGUGGACAACAUCCUUCCCCUCCAUCCCACCGACAUUGUUGGGAUCAGGAAAUGGCUUCAGCCAACCGCAUAUGACCUGGAGCGAAGUGAAUACUCUAGACAUCGCCUCUCAUAUCUCGCGGGGACAGGAAAAUGGCUCACCUCCACAACAACCUAUCAGCAGUGGCACCAAGGCGACGACGAUGGUCUGUUGUGGGUUAAAGGUAUCCCAGGCUCCGGCAAGUCUGUACUAGCUGCUUCAAUCAUCAAUCAAUUACAAAAUGAUGAUAUCCCAGUCAUAUUUUUCUUCUUCCGACAGAUCAUCGACGCCAACCAUCAGCCCGUGGCUGCGCUGCGGGAUUGGUUAUGUCAACUUUUGGAUUAUAGCCCUCCCCUGCAAGUCAAGCUGAAAGGUUACAUUAACGACAGCCGUGAUUUGGACGGCCUGUCCCUAAGCGAUCUCUGGAAAGACCUCAAGCUGGCACUGGCCACAUUUCCCAAGGUCUACUGUGUCACAGACGCCUUGGAUGAGAUGGACCAGGGGAAUGAUGAGUUCCUCCACGCCUUGGUGGAAUUAGGCCAGUGGCGCCCAUCCAAUGUCAAAGUUUUGAUCACUUCACGUCCAGUAUCAACAGUGGAGAAUUGUUUGAGAUCAUUUUCCAUUCCCCAGAUUCGCUUGGAAGAGAAACUCGUCGAUCUCGACAUCGCAGCCUAUGUACAAUACAAACUUCGCCACUCAUCGAUCGCCCCUGAGUUCUGGAGUGUCAUAGAGGAAGCCAUUCCUGGUCGGGCGAAUGGGCUCUUCCUGUAUGCGAAGCUUUCAAUGGAAGCAUUUCUUGAACCAGGUGCCGACGCACAUGAGGUCCUCAAGGCCUUACCGGCUGACUUGAACGUUAUGUAUAAUGAUUUGCUACACGAACACGCAAGACGAUCGGCUGUUCCCGAGGAUUUGCAACUACUAGUCUUGCAAUUUGUCACACAUGCCAUACGCCCACUCCGUAUUCUCGAGAUCGCCGAAAUGGCGAAAAGCGUACAAGCUCGAAUUACGGAUCGCAGUCUGAAAGAGACAAAAGAAUUGGUCCGGGCCGCUUGUGGCCCGCUGCUCGAGAUUCUUCCUGAUGAAACGGUCUCGGUUGUUCACCACUCAUUCACCGAGUUCUUGAAAGGGCUCACCCGUUCAAGUGAGUCGUAUGAUACGACAUAUCCAAUCUUUCAACCGGGCUCAACAAACAAAUGCCUGGCUAUUGCUUGCUUGGACUAUCUCCGGUCGGGCUGCCUGGUUCAUCAACAAAUGAAGGGAUCUACCGACACAAUGGAAUCUAGACACUCAAAGGAUAACGAGCAAAGAGAACUGAAACUGCGGUUCCCGUUUCUAGAAUAUGCAGCGGAUAAUUGGUACACUCACAUCCGCCGCGCAGCCUUAGCGGGUGAAGAUAUGUCACUUGUCUACACGAUGCUUGAUAACUUCUUCGCGGAAAGGCCUAUGUUUACCGCCUGGCGAGUUAUGGCAUGGCCGACACAUGCAACCCAGGGAAUCACCGCGCUUCAUGUUGCUGCUUGGGCUGGUCUGGCUGGAUACGCCGCACACUUACUCGAGAGAGGGGAUAGCAUAGAAGUGCGAGAUUCUUCCCAAAAUACACCUUUAUACUGGGCUGCCACUUCCGGUCACCACGACGUGGUAGAGGCUUUGCUUGCCAACGGAGCUGACCCCAACGCGGAACAAAACGAAGGAUACAACUCACUACAUCUGGCAGCCGAAAAAGGUCAUGCUGCAGUGGCCAAACUUUUGCUUACUGCUGGCGUCCACCCGCUCACUCCCAAGACGCAGGAGACGCCCGGAAGAAGGUGUGGGAACGCACCCACAUCCCUCGGAAAUACACCUUUGAUGUAUGCAUGUUAUAACGGCCAUGUCGAGACGAUGGCCGAGUUUCUACCCUUUUUGGAAGACACCGCUGAUUGUCAUCGAGCCCUUCUCGGGGCGGCGAGGGCCGGGCAGAGUGCAGUGGUUGAGUUGAUCUUGGAACACCCAGGUGUGGAUGUAAAUAAGAAAUACGGAGGAGACACUGCUCUUUUCGCAUCCUGCUUCGGCGGAGAUGAAAAGACCAUUCGUGUACUAUUGCGAGCGGGAGCCGAUCCAAACAUAUUUUGUGAACAAGCAGGAAGCGAGUUUGCCGGAAGGCAGUACAUGCGCAGGUCAAAAGCUCAUAUGAAUCAAGAUCCCGAAAGGGGCCAUACCGCUUUACAUGUCCUUUGCGGAUCCGGCGAGCGUGGAGGCAAGGUCUCGCCAGCGUCCGUAGAUUCUCUGCUUCAGGCAGGGGCCGAUGUUCAUGUACGAAGUCCUACCGGAAAAACGGCCCUUCACUAUGCCUGUGAAUACCAGAAGGCAGGUGUGGUCAAGAAGUUACUUGAAGCUGGUGCAGAUCCUACAGCAGAAGACGAUUCUGGCGCCACACCAUUACACACGGAAGGACAGAGAGAUGAAGAGCUGCUUCCUGUGCUUCUGGGCACAGGGGUGGUUGAUAUCAACAAGCCCAUUGGCAAGAAUGGGAAAACCCCGUUACUAUUUCGGCUCCAGGGCUUCAAUAUAGACCGAGUACUUGCUUUCCUGGAGUAUAAACCUGAUGUCAAUAUCUCCGACACCCAGGGCAAUGGUCCGCUACACCACGUUUUCAAGACAUCUGUGGUUCAUAGUUGUGUUAUCGAUAGUUUGAUAUCUCUGGGCGCCAAUCCAAAUGCGAUGAACAAUGAAGGCAAUACCCCGUUGCACACCAUGCGGGGUGAACAUAGUCCGUCCAUUUACAAGCUCGUUAAUGCGGGUGCAAACCUUGAAGCUCGAAAUCAGGAUGGCCACACAGUUCUUUUCAAACAUGCGCAUGAAGGUGGACAAAUUUGUAAGACACUGGUUGAGCUAGGCGCUUGCCUCGAUACGCGGGACUAUAAUGGCCGAACUCUCUUGCAUCGUUGUUGCGAUGACACCAAUCGUUUGGGCUAUCUGAUAAGUCUUGGCCUUGAUCCUUUGACCACAGAUCACCAAGGCAACUCGCUUUUGAUGGAGGUUGCCGCUUCCAGGAACAACGAAAAACUGCCUGCUAUCAUGAAACAUCUGGUAGCACUGGGAUUGAACAUAGACCAACCAAACCAUCGCGGGAGGACCACUCUGCAUGUGAUGUGUUCCAAGGCAAAACUUUCAUCCUUAUCGACGGACGAGGAUAACCUGGAUUAUCUCCUUGGAGUAUGCAAGAACCUAAAUCGUAGUGAUUGCUACGGUGUUCAGCCCUUGCACCUCGCUGCCACAAUAUCCGAGUCUUACGUUGUCAAGCUUCUCGAUUCUGGUGCAGACAUGUUCAAAGUAACAAAUGAAGGAAUGUCAGUGCUCCAUAUCGCGGCCCGGACCCGCCAGCCCAAUAUUGUUGCUCUGUUCUGCUCUAGACUAGCAGAACUCGGAGUCCAAGAUCGGACUGCAUUUGUGAACCGACGAACCAAAGAAGGGGAAACCGCCCUUCACUAUGCUUGCCGUUCGGGUCGCCCUGAGACCGUCCUAGCACUGCUCGAAGCCGGCGCAGAUCCCACCGUAUUGGACAGCGGAAGCCGUUCACCUCUCAGAGCAUGUGCGCAGUUCGAAGCAGAAGAACAACUAUGGACCGGUCAUAAAAGGAUGACGCGGACGGAUUGCCUUCAUGCAGCCGGCGUUCUAGUCAGCGAUCAGCAACGACCGUCUUUUGAUCCCCCUCAUAGGAAUGAUAAUUACGGCCCGCGAUAUUCGGAGCAUGAUACAGUUCGUCUGGAUGAGAUUUUGGAUUUACUUGUUCGCCAUGGAGCCCUCUCGCCCACUAAUGAUCUUCAAAGGGCGUUUGAUGAAGCCAUUUCGAAUCGGUACGAAUACACCGUGGACAGUUUCUUACAACUGCAAUAUCGUCUUCCUGAGGCGAAGCAAUGCAGUAUUUCUUUUGGGCUUGACUAUCUCAUCUCCAAAAGCCGCCUAGAUGCGACAAAAGAGGCGUUAAGAAGACACGGCGGAUUUGACGGUGAUAUCUCUUGGCUCCUUAGACGUGAUCUCACCACCUUCAUGAGAAACUUAGUAUUCACUAGGCACUACGACCUGUUUGAAGAGGGAGCAAAGAAACGUGAUGCAUCCAAGCUCGUUGACGAUGGGACCUCUUUAUUGCAUUUUCUUGUGACCUGGGGUUAUAAAGAGCUGCUGGAACGGGUGUGCGACCAUGAUGCUGCACUGAGGUUUGAUGACCAGAAAUGGUGCCUAGAAGCAGAAACGGAACUGAAUUGCACUAGACAUCCUGUGCUGCCUCUACUGGUGACUGCAUGUGAUCGCUAUUUGCCCAACAUGGAUGUUGUAGAAUUCCUUGUUGAGGAGGCCGGCGUCAGCUUGAAUGCCCAAUACAGAAAAACCUCAAACUUCGAAGAUACCAAAGCGGCAGGAGGGGCCCUUCAUAACCUCGCACUCGGGCGCAGCUGGUGGCAUGUUUACAAAGCAUUGCCGUAUUUGAUCAAAAAGGGGGCAAACCUUGAACUUCGUAGUGAGGAUGGAAUGACACCAUUACACGCAGCCAUGCAUCGCAAACAUGGUCCUUUCCGCAGGAAUGCCGUCCAGAUUCUCAUCGACAGCGGCGCGGAUGUCAAUGCUGUGGAUGCCAACGGAGAGACAUGUUUGUCAAAAGCUGGUAACGACCUAGAGAUGACCAAGCUGCUCAUCGCACACGGCGCCCAUAUUAGCGCAGAAGCCAUAUUUUCUGCGAUUGAUAUGGGCGAAAUUGAGAUUUUGGAAACAUUACUGUCUCGCGGUGAUUACGCGAAUCUUAGGCGAUCUGAGCCGGUUACUCCUCGGAAAGAAAGCGACUUCAGGCCCAAUAUUCUUGAUUCCGAGGUCUCACCUCUUCUCUUUGCCGCUGUCCCUGAACUGCGAUCCAGUGGGUUUGACUAUAACAAGCCACGAUCCCGUUCGAAAGAUGUGGAUGAGAAUUCACUCGACACCCGUAUCAUGACAAUACUGCUCAAUCAUGGCGCAGACCCAUUUGCUACGUAUGUCGGGGAAUUCUCAUGUCCUGAUGACUACAACAUGGAGGAAUCCGACUCAGACCUGGAUGAGCCCGAUAUCUCGCACCCGCAAAUUGAACCCCAAAGACACACUGUCGUCCAUGAAAUUUUAAAAUCUGGGCACCCAAGCGCGCCAUUCUUUCAAUUACCAUCCUUGGAACUCGAACGACGGGAUUCAAGCGGUUGCACAUUGCUUCUUGCAGCUUCCCAGAGCCAGAAGACACUGGACACCAAGAUUGAUUCUAUUGAAGCUGGGACAACCAUUACAAAAACGAUUUUCCACGAGUUCAUAGACCGCGGUGCAGAUGCCAUGGCACAGGACAACGAUGGCAAUACCAUCCUCCACCAUAUUUGUUCUUUGGGAGUUGACUCGGAGUUGUUCAAAACCCUCAAGGGAGUUAUCAUCGAAAGUCCGGGUCUUCUCAACCAGCCCAAUCAGAAGGGCGAAACAUUCUUUCACCGCACCCUGAUUUCAGAGGACUUCGAUCUCAUUGAUGAUCUUCUCGAAAUGGGGGCUGACCCUCUCCAGCCGGACCCCAAUGGAAACACGGCGCUUCAUCGUUUGGCUAGGAACCUGAAAGAGGAUAAGUCGCAGGCUGACUUCAAGCGAUUCCUGAAAGCCGGCGUGGACAUCAAUUCUCGGAACAACAAGGGCGACACACCUCUCUUCAAAUAUAUAGAGCAUGGCGUGGUAACUCCUACAUUCCCCUCCGAUUACGGUUAUGACGAAAAGGAGGAUGACCUCACCGAGAGCGUCUUCGACCUUUUUGACAAGGGUGGAGCUGACUUCUUCGCACGAAAUAAUGCAGGAUCAACAUUGCUCCAUUUGCUGGCCUCCAAGAAGGCAUAUCACGGGUAUCGUGCGAAAUCCCCGGACAAUGUGGUCCGGCGAUUCAAGAUACUGAUGAAUCGGGGACUUGAUCCUAUGACCGAGGAUUCACGGCAGCGGACCAGUUUGGAUAUUGCUGCUGCUUGGGGUAGUGAGCAUAUUAUGAAAUUGUUUGCACGAAAGCCAAUGGAGUAG